AAAAUGGUUAACCCAGAAGGAAAUACUAUUACAAUUCACGAUACCACCAAGCUGGUGAAAGACAUUUCAUCACUUUUUUUGAGUGAAACAUUUUCGGACGUCACUUUAAUUGUCGACAACGAAAGAUUCUUUGCUCAUAAGGUCAUCCUUGCUGCACGAAGCUCAUACUUUGAAGGCCUUCUUUACGAUGGAGGAAAUGAAAUAGAACAAUCAGAACUGACAAUAUCUCUAGACGCUUCACCUGAUGCCUUCCGAAAUGUUCUUAAAUUUCUUUACACAGGUAGCAUCACCAUAAGCCCGUCAGACUUAGACGUCAGUCUAGACCUGAUCAAUUUAGCUCAUCAGUGUACAGUCACUGAUUUAGAAUACGCUCUAGGAAAUAAAAUAAAAUCUUCACUCAGCCUCAAGAACAUUUACUCGAUCCUUAAUACGGCCAAUUUGUACGACUUGGUGCACCUUCGCGAUGGCUGUCAUUCUUUUGCGGACCAACACGCUUCCGAAAUUAUCGACAAUUGUUUCGAGGGCUUGAGUCAAAAAUCUUUAAUAACGGUGUUGGGAAGAGACACGUUUUUUGCUCCCGAACUAGAAAUUUUUAAAAGUGUAGCUCGAUGGUGUCAAAAAAAUAAUGAUGUAGCUGGUUUGGUGGUCAAAUGUGUCCGGUUAUCUUGGCUGAGUGUUACAGAAAUUGUGUCCACAGUGUGGCCUUCAAAACUUGUAGACUGUGAAGAUUUACUUCAAGCAAUUGCAGAAGUUGUAGAUGUCAAACCGAGAAAAUACAAAUGCAGAGCACAGUUAUUGAGUGGUGUCAAUCUUGCGACCUCCGAACAUAAAGCUGUGGUAAUAACUGGACGAAGAAACAUCACGGAAUUGUUGGCUGGCAAUAGAAAUAUCGGUUUACACGCAGACCAUGACAUUAACCCCAGUGAAAAGAAUGGAAUAACGAUUAAAUCGGCCACGCUUUCGUUAUUAAUCACAUUCAUAUGAUGUUGUGGGAUGGUGAAGUGAGAUUUUAUCAAUACUAUAUCGAAGUCUCAACUGAUCAGAAAAACUGGAAGAAAGUGAUAGAUUACAGACAAUAUGCAUGUCGCUCAG